AUGUCGUACGCGGCAUCUGCCAGAAACGUGGAUCAUACCAAAUCCGAGGCAGAACUUGCGAUCAACAUUCGGAAAGCUACAAGCAUCGAGGAGACCGCGCCGAAACGCAAACAUGUUCGUAGCUGUAUUGUUUAUACAUGGGACCAUAACAGCUCGGGUGCCUUCUGGGCUGGUAUGAAAGUACAACCCAUUCUUGCAGAUGAGGUCCAAACAUUCAAAGCGUUGAUCACCGUUCACAAGGUUCUACAAGAGGGUCACCCAUCGACUUUACGUGAAGCUAUGGCGAAUCGAAGUUGGCUCGACAGUUUGAAUAGAGGCAUGUCUGGUGAAGGUAUGCGGGGCUACGGACCUCUGAUAAAAGAAUAUGUCAACUUCUUGAUGUCCAAAUUGAACUUCCACCAACAGCAUCCUGAUUUUAAUGGAACAUUUGAAUACGAGGAGUACAUCAGCUUAAAGGGGAUCAACGACCCAAACGAAGGUUACGAAACCAUUUCGGAUCUUAUGACUUUGCAGGAUAAGAUCGAAAGGUUUCAGAAACUGAUAUUUGCGCAUUUUCGAAAUGGAGGCCACAACGAAUGCAGAAUAUCGGCCUUGGUUCCAUUGGUCCAGGAGAGUUAUGGAAUCUAUAAAUUCAUCACGAGCAUGUUACGGGCUAUGCACACAACAACCGGCGAUGAAGAUGCUCUUGCGCCCCUGAGGGAAAAAUACGAUUCACAGCAUCACCGCCUUGUAAAGUUUUAUUACGAAUGCUCCAACCUCCGAUACCUCACGAGCUUGAUCACUGUGCCAAAGCUACCGCAAGAUCCACCCAAUCUCCUUUCCGAAGAUGAUUCGGCUCCCAGAUUACCUCAGCGACCGAAGCAAGAGAUUGAGAGGCAAAUUACACCUCCGAAGCCCCCUAAGACAGAGGAGCCGGAUGAAAUUGGCGAAUUCUGGAAGAGUGAACAGGAUCGACAAAACAGGGAGUAUGAGGAACAACAGAGGGUGCUAGCGGAGCAGCAAAGACAACAAAUGUUAGCACAACAACAAGCACAACUUCUAGCGCAGCAAAACUAUGAAGAACAGCAGCGUCAACUGGCUGAGCAGCAAAGACGAGAGCAAGAACAAUUGAUGCUGCAACAAUCUCAACAACAAACUUAUGGUCGUCUGGCGGAACUCGAACGGGAGAACUUUGAGGCUCGAGCACAGUAUGCAAGAGAUCAACUUAUGCUACAACAAUAUGAUCAGAAGAUAAAGGCACUAGAGAAUGAGCUUACGCAGCUGCAGAACAGUUAUGGGCAACAGAUUGGAAGCAAAGAGGAUCAAAUCAAAGCUUUACAAGAGCAAGUCAACACUUGGAGGACUAAAUAUGAAGCACUCGCGAAGCUAUACUCUCAAUUGCGACACGAACAUCUCGACCUACUUCAAAGAUUCAAGAGUGUUCAGCUGAAGGCAGCUUCAGCCCAGGAAGCAAUCGACAAGCGGGAAAAGUUGGAGCGAGAGAUCAAGACCAAGAAUCUCGAGCUCGCUGAUAUGAUUAGAGAGAGAGAUAGAGCUUUACAUGAGAAAGACCGUCUCACCGGUGGUAAUCGGGAGGAAGUCGAAAAACUCAAGCGUGAGCUUCGUAUGGCUCUCGAUCGUGCGGACAAUUUGGAGCGAAGCAAGGGCAACGAAUUGUCCACGAUGCUUUCCAAAUACAAUCGUGAAAUGGCAGAUCUCGAGGAGGCCCUUCGCAACAAGACCCGAGCAUUACAGGAUGUCCAUGCCAAAUACAGUGAAGGUGGCUCAGAUGCCGAAAGACUGCUCAAGGAUAAGGAGGACGAAUUGGAGGUCUACAAGCAAAGUUUGGACGAUGCGCUGAUCAGACUCAAUGAGCUCGAGAUGUCGAAAGGCGACACUGAUCAGGCUUUAGAUGGAGAGAUUGACGCUAUGCUCCUCUCAAAUAUUGACAAAAUCAACGACAUCAUUGAUUCAGUCCUUCAGAGUGGAGUUCAACGUGUUGAUGACGCUCUUUACGAGCUUGAUUCCACUAUGCAAGCUGGUAACCAGAAUGCAACCCCAUCCUAUGUCCUUUCGCAAAUCGAAAAGGCUUCAGCAAGUGCUACUGAAUUCGCUACCGCAUUCAACAAUUUCAUAGCGGACGGUCCAAAUAGUACCCAUGCUGAAAUCAUUCGAACUAUCAACGUCUUUGCUAGCUCCAUUUCCGACGUACUUAGUAAUACCAAGGGUCUCACAAGGCUUGCGACAGACGACAAGAAGGCCGACCAGCUUACCAAUGGGGCGCGCCAAUCAGCGCAGUCUACCGUUACAUUUUUCCGUGCCUUGCAAAGUUUCCGACUUGAUGGCAUGGAUCCGAUGCAGCGAACUGAAGUUGUCAUCAAUAGCAACAAUGAGGUACAGAUCCAUCUGCAACGCUUGAACAAACUUGCAGACACAUUUGCGCCAAAUAGCGGUAAACUUACAAACAAUAAAGGCGAUUUGGGAGAUUUGGUUGACAACGAGCUUACCAAGGCCGCUGAUGCAAUCGCUGCUGCCGCUGCACGUUUAGCAAAGCUCAAGUCCAAACCCAAGGAUCAAUACUCAACAUACAAACUUGAGAUACACGAUUCAAUACUUGAUGCUGCUAUUGCCGUUACAAAUGCCAUUGCCAGAUUGAUCAAAGCGGCUACUGUUACUCAGCAAGAAAUCGUUCAGGCUGGUCGUGGCUCGUCAUCCAAGACAGCUUUUUACAAGAAAAACAACCGAUGGACUGAGGGUCUCAUCUCUGCCGCCAAAGCAGUGGCAACAUCAACCAAUACAUUGAUUGAGACUGCAGAUGGAGUUCUUUCUGGACGCAACAGUCCGGAACAACUCAUCGUUGCUUCCAAUGAUGUUGCAGCCUCCACAGCUCAGUUGGUCGCUGCUAGCAGAGUCAAAGCCGGUUUCAUGAGCAAGAGCCAAGAGAGCUUGGAGCAAGCUAGUAAAGCUGUUGGCGCAGCCUGCAGGAUUCUUGUCAGACAAGUGCAGAGCAUGAUCAAAGAUCGAGAUCAAGAUGUUGAAGGAGAAGAUUACGCCAAGCUUGGGGCGCAUGAGUUUAAAGUCAGAGAAAUGGAGCAGCAGGUUGAAAUCUUACAACUCGAAAACAAUUUGUCGGCGGCGAGGAAGAGAUUGGGUGAGAUGCGAAAGAUAUCUUAUUUGGAAGACUAG